AGUUAAUCUUAAUGUAGAAGAAUGACUAGUAUUGGUUAUUGAAUUGAAGGGAAAAAAAUGAGAGAAGGAAGUGAGUAGCAUUGAAGAUGAAAAUAUUCUCUAGAGCUAGAAAUGUUGAAAUGAAUGGGAGAUAUGGCAGCAAUACUGUUCUCCUCUUCUUCUUCUGAACAUAUUAUUUGAUGAUUGACGUUAGUGAUAGCCAUUCAGAGGUAGAUGCCUGUCUAAGAGAUGUCAGUUUCAAAUGCAUUGUGGGUGUUUGCACUGCUUAAGCUUAAGCAGAACAAAGAAAGAAGUGUAAAAAUUACAUCGAGUGUGUUUGUUUGUGCAUUUUUCAUUCAACAUGAAGUUAUCAUUAAGAAGAGAUUAAGCGUGAAGUCUACUUUUUUGAGGACAAAUGAUGACUGAAAUAUCUAGUACUAAAAAUUUCCCCUGGUAGUAAGCAUGCAACAUGUUUUUAAUGAAGUUGCUACUCGUUGGAUUGAUUAAAUGAUGCCUUAGAAACAUCUGGCAGUUCAAGUUUGACACUGUACAUCAAAGCCAUAAAAAUUAUAAAGAAAAAAAAAAGGGUGGAAUAGCAAGUAUGUGCUUUACUGAAAGAUUCUGCUCUGGUUGCGAACUUGUGAUGCUGCCUAAUGUAACAUUUAUUAUCAUCCAGCUAGCAUAAUCCAGAAUUUCAAAUAUGACUGAGAAGAGGUAAAUAAAGAGUAUGUAUCCUUCAGUUAUUUUACUUGAGCUGUAGUUGAUCCAGGUCUUAAGGAACCUUUGAUUGAGGUCUUAAGGAACCUUUCUUUCUUUAUCAAAUUUUGAAUGAAAAGGACCUAGUAUCUGUUUUAUUGUUGUUUGUCAUGUUUUUGGGGAGAGUACUCUGAUAAUAUUGUGGUCAAAUGUUAUUUAAGUAUUGAUGCUCUCACUUUU